GCCAUUUUGAGCGGCGGUUGGGGUGAAGAACAUUUUAAUGUUUUUAUUCGAGGCGGUGAUGGGGUUUGGGGAGAGUCGGUUGUUUUAGAGCGGGGCGGGUGUUCGGCGGACGGACCGUACCGGACAGGAUCGGGGAGAAGAGGAGCGCUCUGUGCCUGAGAGCACUCCACGCCCCGGGGCAUUGUGGGAGCGGCAGUCCCGCCAUCUCGCGGCGGCGGCGGCGGCGGCGGGAGCGGAGCGCGAGGCGCCGUCUCUAUGGGAACGGCCCGAGAGAUUUGAUGGUGGAGCUCACAGCUGUUUGAGAACCCAAUAAAUCUUUUCCACAAUGGCAUCUAUGAAGAUUCACGGUCAGAUUCGGAUCAACAGUAUCCAGACUGGCACCACCAAGUGGAGGGAAGGCAGUUUUGAAAUUGUUGAGAAAGAUAACAGAGCUUCUCUGGUUGUGCUGUUCAAUUCUGGAGGCCCUGCGAAAACAUUCCAGCUGAGCCACAAUGUAAAGGUGGUGAAAAUUAGCCCCUCGAUGAAACAAUAUAGCCGGUUGCUGCUGACUCUGCAGGAUAAAAGCAGUCUGAUCAUUGACAAGGCUCCAAGCACUGAAGCUCUGAUCUUGAAGGAUUAUUUGGAGAGCCUAAACCAUGCAGGGAUAAAACCUCAUCAAGGAUCUGGCAACUUUGCGGGGAAGCUGGGAAGCCGGAUUAUGCCAAAGGACUCUCACCGACAACGACUUAACAUAGAGAACCAGACACCAACCAGGCACGAUGAGACUCCAACCCGUAAAACACUGAACAGCCCGGGCAGAGCCACCCUGCAGCAUGGAGCCAAAACACCACAGUCAAGCAGCUCCCCGGGAAACCGGAUGGGAACAGCACUGACCCCCACCUCUCACACUUUACCCAGGAGUGAAAAGAGAAAAAGGAUGUUGACUCCAGACCUGGAACUAACCGAGGAUUAUCCUAAAGAGAAUGAUUCCUCCAGCAAUAACAAGGUGACCAGUGACCCUUCUCGCAAAUUCCUGAACAGUUGUCGAGAAAAGCAACUCAACCUGAAGCAGGCAGAGGAGACCAGGAGUUCUGGUACAAUGCCACUGCAGUGCUUUUACGGAAGCAGAGCCUCGUCUAAGGAUUACUCUGCAGGAAAUUUGUUUUUGGACAGGUCCAGCCUGUCAGGCCAGACUCCCUCGGCUAAAAGGAAUUUGGGAUUUUUACCUCAGCCCUCCCCUCAGUCCGUGAAGAAACUGCGUGCCAAUCAGGAUUACACUGGCUGGAACAGACCCCGAGUGCCUCAUGCCACACAGCUUCCACAGCAGCUCCAGGGGUUUUCCAACCUUGGCAAUACCUGCUAUAUGAAUGCCAUUCUGCAGUCUUUGUUUUCAAUUCAAUCUUUGGCAACUGACCUGCUGAAGCAAGGCAUCCCGUGGAAGAAAAUUCCAGCAAAUGCUUUGCUCAAACGGUUUGCCCAUCUCCUGAUCAAGAAGGAUAAUUGCAGCCCAGAGGUGAAGAAAGAGCUGCUGAAGAGAGUGAAGAAUGCCAUCUCUACCACUGCUGAAAGAUUCUCUGGAUACGUGCAGAACGAUGCCCAUGAGUUCCUGAGCCAGUGCCUGGACCAAUUGAAGGAAGACAUGGAGAAGUUAAACAAGACAUGGAAGAAUGAGCCGAUGGCAGGCGAGGACUCUCCAGCUGCACGGGGUUGUCAUGAGGCCAUAGCUGCCAGGGUCUUCACCUGCCCUAUUGUCUCCAAUGUGGAAUUCGAGGUUCUGCACACCAUCGGUUGUAAAACGUGUUGUGAAAGUGUUACAAAACGAGAACAAUUCAACGAUCUUUCCAUCGAUCUCCCACGGCGUAAGAAACUUCUACCACCGAGGUCUAUCCAGGAUUCUCUCGAUCUCUUCUUCAGGGCUGAAGAAAUUGAAUAUUCCUGUGAAAAGUGCAAUGGCAAAAGUGCAAUUGUGACUCACAAGUUCAGCAGGCUGCCCAGGGUACUGAUACUCCAUUUGAAACGGUACAGUUUUAACGUGCAGCUGUCUGUGAAUAACAAGCUCGGUCAGCAGGUGAUCAUUCCAAAGUACCUGACCCUGGCAGCUCACUGCACAGAGACCACAAGACAGCCCCUUUCCCUGGGUUGGAACACACAAUCUGCAACAUCACGGCCACUCAAAACUUCGCAGUCAGUGAACUCUACAACUUCCACAUCCACACUGGGAAGGAAGUACUGUUUCAAGUCUGCAAUCGUGAUCCCGGACUCUGACAGCGAGGAGGAGCAGCUGAAGCGGGCAAUGGUGAUCAGCAGGCAGUUGAAUGAGCAGGCCCAGCGUGAGACACAGCAGGAACAGGAGGAAAUGCAGAUGGCACUGAAAGCGAGCAAGCGGGAGUGGAAUCGCCCUGCCCCGGCCACUGCAGUGGACUCCUCGUUUGACAGCAUGAAUGAGGAUGAGCUCCUGGCAGCUGUGUUGGAGAUCAGCAAGCGGGAAACCCACUUCUCGCUGGGCAGGGAGGAGGAGCCGGAGAAACCGAGCAGCAGUCCGGACACUGGCUUCGGAGACGACGAGGCUCAGGAAUUGCUGGAACAACAUGAGUCACCAGAACCAGAUGUGCACAGGGCCCCUGUGGAAAUGGAGCCUGCCGAAGUCAUGAAAGACUUUGAUGAGAACAAGGAGAAUAAAACUCCAGAAGGCUCCCAGUGUGAGAUGGACUGGAUGCAGCAAUAUGACCUAGACAGGGAGCGGGAAGAACAAGAGCUGCAGCAAGCACUGGCCCAAAGUCUCCAGGAACAGGAAGCACGAGAGAUGAAAGAAGAUGAUGACUUGAAGAGAGCAACAGAGCUGAGUAUCCAGGAGUUCAAUAACUCCAUCGGUGAUCUUAUGGGUUCGGAUGAAGAUUCUGGCAACGAAGAAAUCCUCGACAUGGAUUACAGCGAGGCUGAGGCUGAGGAAUUAAAACGAAACGCAGAGACAGGUGAACUUGCACAUUCUUACCGGCUAAUCAGUGUCGUCAGCCACAUUGGCAGCUCCUCUUCUUCUGAGAGAUACUGGAAGAGUUGGUGGAGGAGGAGGAGGAGAAGUGCUCACAACCAGUGGGUUUGGACUCCAGCAGGCCUGUGUUGCAACCUCUGUGACGAUGCAUGGACUUUCAUGUGGAAGCUAGUUCUGCUAGCAGUACACUACCAGGGACUGAAUGUCAUUUACAACUCGUCCGGGGAUAAAUACCUCCUAAAACAGUGAUAGAUCUUCACCAGGCUGCAGUAAUCCAGGGCCUUCACUUGUUUGGUUUUUGAAGCCAGGAAAUGGUGCUGAAGGUCGGCACUCCGAGUUGAUAGUGCGAUGAACUCGUUCCUAACAUAGCCAGAUGUCCCAGAAGAUUACAGGAGUCCCGGACAAGUACAGGUGUCAAUCUGUCACUAUUUCCAAAGAUUUUCAAGGAAUUCAAGUUGAAAUUGUAUCAUGAGACUGUUUCGAAGUAAGGGUUUGUUUUUUUAAAGCAGGAGAAAAAUAUAAUAUAUGAUUCUAAAGUUGCUGUUCUUGCCCCGAAGGGGUUUGUGUGUGCCAACUGAAAAGGAAGAGUGGAUCCUGACCCAGGUCUCCCCGUGACACUCUCACCUUAGGCUUAAAGAGGGUUAGGUUUGGUUUUUCUAUAGUCUAGUUAUAAAAUGUAAGUUUUUUUUUGAUGGUCUCACGUAAGUAGUUUCUGUGGCAUCACUGUUCCGUCAAAAACCCUCCACAGUAACACUACUUGUACUGUUAAGAUCCAUCCCCCCCCCCAGCUAGUCUCUCCUGCCUUACUUAUAAAGUGGCCAUGUUUUUCGGAAAGCUCACAGCUCCACAGAGAGCCCUGACAGCGGUUUCCCUGAGACAGUGGAGAACUCCCUAAUUUCAAGGUUAAGUUGUAGCAGUAACAGUUGCACUGGAAUUGAAUUCUUGGUCCAAACACAUACCAGCUCAAGUCCUUACCUGACCUGAAACUAUUCCUGAGUGAAAAGGUUUUUUUAUAAAGAAAAGUUUGUGUUUUGGUUGCUGGUAACUUGCUGCCUCACUUUGUCAGGCUGAGAGAUAAGCCUAAAUUUCAGCCUCGCCACCUCACAUUGCACUUUAUUUUCCCCACCCCUCUGCUUCUUGAGGCUCAUGCACUGGAAACAGCUCCCUCCUCCACUGUGCCUCUUCUCCCAAAGCUGCUCUCUAUCCAAUUACAACCAGAAACUGGGCCCCUGAAUUUGCUCUGAGUGUGAAGGGUGGUCAAAAAUAGCAACAAUUCCCCAUCAGUUAAGGGAUUUUCUCACUGCAGGUCUAAGUUCCUUGAGAUUCUGUCCUUUCCUCCUACCUGGGCGCUGGGCGCAACGUUUGUACAGUUAAAGCAUCAAAUAAAUUAUUAACUUUUUGGAAAUAAUGCCAUAUCUACUGCACCAAUGAGAUGUUGCACUGUUGACGCUUUCUGUGGCAGAAGUACCUACUAUCACCAGAGUACUCAGUGUGAGCCUCGGUCUUUGAUUUCUAAACUAGCUUGUGCUUUAAGUUCACAGCUGCUAAGAGAUUGCUGGUUGUCUUUUUUUUGGUAGUCAGGAGUGUGGGAGGGAUAGUUUUUUGCUAAGUGUAAAUACUGCUAGAUCUGAUCUAAUGGGCAGCGAAGCACACCCAGAGAUGUUGGAUAACGUUGACCUAGACCCUGCCACUGGAGUUCCUAUCAGAGGAACUUCCCUUAUCACUGACAAAUCUCAUCAUUACAGCAGGACCAUGCUGGUACUUGCUGCCCAUUCUUUUGCACUCGAUGGGUUUUGCAACCAUAAUUCAAUCUCCGGAAUCUGGCCUGUACUCCAGUGCCCCAGUGCAGUCUUAACUACAACUAUUAUAUACCCAGGUCGCCCUGCAUAAGGGCUGUCUGUUUGAACAGUAUCCAGAAAGACCCAACCUUUCAAGUUGCUCUCAGUUUAAAGGAACAUGGUCUUGUAAAAAGAACUGUUUUCUACUUCCUUAAUAAUUAAUUUAGAGAAUGACAAAAGGAUGAAGAUCUGCCAACUCCAAAACCACCUCCCUGGGUGAGCCUUACACCAAGAGCUUUUGUUCAUUGGGGAUCAACAAAUUCUGCUGGUCUGUUAUUUAGAUGUGCUGGUAGGUGUUUUAAGUUCUCUGCAUCAACAUCUUUGCUCAGUCCAUUCCACAGACAUCAGGAAUGGGGACUACCAGCUGUUGAUGGGGUGUGGUGGUCAGUGUCACACUGUCUCAGCAGUGAAGGAUUCUGAUGGUCAGGCAAUGGCAGUUGCUUGAGGCGGGGAGGUUGUUGGGAGUGUAAUGCAUGCUUGGUCCCUCUAGAACUCCAGUUGCUUUAGAUCUUCACCGGCUCCAGUCAGUUGAAUGUUCAGUUCUCUUCCCCCGCACACCUGACUUGGUGGGAUGCUGCCUUUUCACAGUCAUAGUAACACAGUUUGUGGUUAUCAGACAUGAAGAGCUACCAAGUCACUGGCUUGAAAACAUUUUAACAAUGUACGUGAUAGACAGCAGAGCCUGCACAGGUUAGUCCUCGCUUCUCCUGCUUCCCUCUUCCAUCACUUUUGACUUGAGCGAAGUAACACCCAGUCAGAGACCCUGUGCUCUCUAGCAAAUGAAGGGACUUGGUGAUCGGAAAGCAAAUAAAUCCAGGUAUUACCAUACAUCAUUUGUUACUCAGGACCUGGAUUCAGGAGGCUUACUUGUAGUUUUCCUGGCCUGAUCCUUCAAUCCAACACUUUGAAUCUCAGAGAGGGUCCUGCCUAGCCACAGUAGACCACUUAGCCUUCCUCACUCUGAAACUAUUGAAUUUUGAUGCCGAGUCCCAGAUACUGUGGGAUUAAUCACUUGAUAGUGAGAACUGCAAACUGCUGGUUUCCUUGUGUCAGUUAGAUUUGCGUUGGGUAGGAACCUAAAUGUCAUUUCCUUGGUACUGGUCAGGCUGGUUCGUUACAGGCUUCCCAAUAUUCUUCUACGUUGCAUAACCUUCAUAGGUUCACAUUUCUCACCAUCUCUUCCUCCUUGUGCAGGUUUUCCUUGCCCUCUCUACCACCUCAAUCCUCUAACUCUCUCAGUCAGGCUUGUAGUUUGAGGCUGAAUUUCGAUGACUACACUCUUCUAUGGAGACUACUAAUCCCAGGGAGAUCCCCUUUGGUUGGUGUCUCUGUCUUCUCGUUCUUUCAGAACUUACACCUUAGACAAGGGACUGAAGGUUUAGCUGUAUAACUCCAUCACUCAGUACAGAUUACUCCGUUCCUACCUGUACACAGGUUUCUCUGUUCCCCUUCCUCAGUAGCUGUUUUUUUGGGAAGAUGCAUUUGGUGAAUGUUUCUCCUAUUAUCAGAUAUCCGUACCUGUAGAAGUCCUCGAUAAGGAUAUAUACCAUGGGAAAUGGCUUCAUUAGCAAUCACUCAAUUGCUUAUGUGGAUCUCUUAAUUUUAAAAAAAAAAGACAGGAUUCUCUGAAAUGUUUUUUCUUUUAACCUGUUGUAGGUUAUGGUGAAAGGGUGAGUUAGUUGUAGGGGAGGGCUGAAAUAGAUACCCCCUCUCCCCUUCCAACUUCAACUAGAUUGCGGCAGGUGUUCUGGAUUUUCUCUGAGGCAAAGAGAAAGAUUGCAAAGUCCCUGUCUCCUGUAUGGGUAAUUGCCUGCAGGAGCGAUGCCAAAUUGGUUUUGGCGAGGGCUACCUGUUCUCCAGAUUCAAAACCGUAACAGUGUCAAGGCCGACAAUGCAAUCCCAGGCCAAGCACAGAUUGGAAGCUAAGUGAGAUGGUGCCCCUCCUUGGAAACAACAGCAUCUGCAGAUCGCCAGAGGCAGUAUGAUGCAGCAUCAGCUGUGGCAUGUUCUAAAUUCAGCCUGAGCUGCCAGCUGUUUGGAUUUUGAGUUUGUGAUGAGCUUGUUUGCUGACUGUUUGUUUUGUUUGAUUCUGGCCUGCUCUGUGGCUGGACCAAUCCAGUAUGACUGCUUGUAUUUAUAUAAUAUAUCCAGAUAUUUAUGUACGUGAAUGAAAUUAAUUUCAUGCCUGAGAAAAGUAUAAUUCUCACAAAGGAUAGACAUUUUUUGUCAAAAGGGCUCUGUCUACAAAACCUGCCCCAACCUUAUUUGUUAGGUAUGUUUGAUUUCCUUUGCUCAGAAUCUAUGGCAUUUUUCCUUCAAGUGUGACUGAGAGCAGCAUCCGUGUGUUUUGAAGUGUUUUUUCUGUGUUUUAGCAGAUCGGUUUUGCCUGUGAUGAUUGCUGCUGUCCCUGUGAUUUUUUUUUUUAAAAACACAGCUCACGCAGAGAUUGUGACAAUAAAAGAUGAUUCUGUUCA